UUUAUGUUAUAAACGACAUGACUUGACAAUGUAAGUAAAUAAAAUUAUAUUUAGCACCACAUUCCUGCUUUAGGGCGGUGGAAGAUUUUUGUAGAAGUAAAUCAUGUGACGUCAGCUCAGUGUUGCUUCCGGGUUUGCCUUAUUUUUUUGACGGGCAGAUAGAUUCUUUGUUGUUUUGAGUUAUUGGUUAUUUAUUUCAAAAUGAACCGUAUUUUUGGUCGAGGAAAACCGAAGGGACCACCACCAAAUCUAACUGACUGCAUAGGAAAUGUUGACUCACGAGCGGAGUCUAUUGACAAGAAGAUUGCCAGACUAGAUGUUGAACUGGUCAAGUACAAGGAUCAGAUGAAGAAGAUGAGAGACGGUCCUUCAAAGAACAUGGUCAAGCAGAAGGCAAUGAGAGUGCUGAAGCAGAAGAGAAUGUAUGAGGGCCAGAGAGAUAACCUCACACAGCAGUCCUUCAACAUGGAACAGGCCAACUACACAAUACAAACUCUCAAAGACACAAAAACAACAGUGGAUGCCAUGAAAAUUGGAGCCAAAGAGAUGAAGGCGGCAUACAAGAAUGUGAAGAUCGAUCAGAUUGAGGAUCUCCAGGACCAGCUGGAGGACAUGAUGGAGGACGCCAACGAGGUGCAGGAGGCGAUGAGCAGAAGCUACGGGACGCCAGAGAUCGAUGACGAUGACCUGGAAGCAGAGCUGGAUGCCCUGGGAGAUGAGCUGCUGCUAGAUGACGACAGCUCCUACCUGGAUGAGGCCAGCACUGCCCCCUCCAUCCCAGAGGGAAUACCCAGCGACAGGGCAACAAACCGGGAUGGAGUUCUGGUGGAUGAAUUUGGCCUACCACAGAUCCCUGCCACAUAAUGGAUAGACAGCAGGCAGGAAUCAAUGGCAACACUCCCAACUGUUUUUUUUUUUAAUGUAUCAUAGCCUUUUUACAAUGUAUAUCCCGACUGAUGCAUUAUUACGUGAUGGUAAACAAGACUCAACCCACCUUAGCUUCUUUUGAAGAGAAUCAUUGAUAAUCUAAUCAAUGGUGAUGCAUCAGCUAUGCUAUUAAUUCUUGAUCGUAUGAACAAAUGGUUUUUUUUCUCCAAGGUGUUUCUUGGUAUUUGGUUGUUCUAACUUCUACUGCAGCACUGUGUUGCCAACUACCAAUAAAUAUAAAUAAUAUAUUUCAAAUGAUGCCAAUGGUGGAUUAGUUACAAAUCAGGCAUAUUUUGUUGUAUUUUUUUAAACAAAGGAGGGAGACAGGACUAAAUAAGUCAUUUAAUUAUACAAUAGAACACUAGUAGCGUGUAGAAUUAUAAUCGCUCAAAAGCAAUAAAUACAUUUCUGAAAGUA